AUGUGGGGUUGGUUUGGCGGGGCAGCAGCCCAAGCCAGAAAAGAUGCUCCCAAAAAGGCCAUCCUGCAGCUGCGGUCUCAACUUGAUAUGCUGCAAAAGAGGGAGAAGCACCUAGAGAAUCAGAUGGCAGAACAAGAUGCAAUAGCAAGAAAGAAUAUAACCUCAAAUAAAGCCGCUGCCAAAGCUGCUCUGCGGCGCAAAAAACUCCAUGAACGCACACUUGAACAGACAUCCGCCCAGAUCGCUCAGGUGGAACAACAAAUUUAUUCCAUCGAGGCCGCCAACAUCAACCAGGAGACGCUUAAUGCUAUGAAGAAUGCAGGACAAGCCAUGAAACAGAUCCACGGAAACUUGACCAUCGACAGGGUGGAUCAGACCAUGGAUGAGCUACGCGAGCAGCACGCGCUCGGCGAAGAAAUCGCCAAUGCAAUCACAAACGCUCCCAUUGGCGAACCUAUAGACGAGGCUGAUUUGGAGGAAGAGCUGGAAGGGUUGGAGCAAGAGGCCAUGGACGAGAGAAUGUUGAAGACUGGCCCGACACCGGUUACAGGCGAAAUCAACCGACUCCCCACCGUUUCUGCUGGUCCAAUUGGCAACAAACCCUCGACAGUGGAAGAGGACGAGGAAGAAGAAUUACGGAAACUACAGGCCGAGAUGGCCGUGUGA